CUAAAGUUAUCUAUGAUCAUAAGUAAAGAAUACUUCACCACCAUUGAGGUCUUAUUCAUGUGCAUUGUUGCAUUCUUUUCUUUUUUGAAGGACCAUAGGAUUUUUAUUCUAUGCUUUAUCUUCUGCCUGCUAUGCCAAUUCUUCCCUACAUGUAUGAUUAUCCUCACUCCCUUCAAUCUUUCAAGGACAAAAUGUUAGUGUGGCCAUCCUUAUUGAAGACAUUUGGGCCCAUCAGCUUAUAUAUCAAGAACACCUUCCUAAUGUUAUACUUUCUGGACAAGUAUUCAUAAUUUAAAAUUAAAAGAGCAAAAUUAAGUGUGUUAGAAAAGAUAUUUACCAUAUCCACACAAAUGCAUCAUUUGAAAAAGAGAAACUAAAAAGGCUGUAGUAAAAAGGGUUCUAUCAAAGGGGUGAGCUUUAUCUCUAAGGAAUAACGUGUUAUGGCUUUUCUUUCCGAGAAACAUCAAUCAGCUUCUUAUAUCUAAACUAAUAAUAUUGUCCUUUAUCAGGAUCUAUUUCCCUCAGAUAAUUGUUAUAUGGAACAUAUAUUGAUGCUUUGGAAUGGUCACAGAUGGUUUGUUGUUAAAUAUCUGCUAGGGUCUUCAGCCCAGUUAUUUCUGUUUGCAUGAAUAAUGCAAUAUCAGUGAGCUGGUUUUCUUGUUGAUGUUGGUUAUCUACUGUCUGGUUUUCAAGAAAACUACCAGUAGAAAAUACAGGUCGGUCACUUGGUCCUUCAACAUUGUGCUGUUUUGCAAGAAAAUUGAAGAGGCUUGCUUUGCUUUUCCAGUUUAGGAACCAAAGGGCAUGGCAGCCCUUUGUUUUGCAAAACGGUCAUUGUUAUACAUACAAGUGCAUUUUAUGGUAGUAAUUUUUGUAGUUUGAGAACUUGCGAGUUUCUUAUCAGUUUUAUUGCAAUCAAUGGCAUCAUUUCAUAAGGAUAAUUUGGCACAGAUUUGAAUUAAUCUGCAACCUGUGCAUCAUUUGAUGGAACUAAUAGAUCCUGUGCAAUACGUGAACUUCAUAUAUAUGGAAGCACCAUUUUUAGUAUAUUCUACUGCACAUCUUCUUUUGGUUUUUUCUUCAGAGUAGUGCUAUUUUGUAUUGGUAAUCCAUGCAAUCGCUGUCAACUUUCCAGGGUCUUAGUUUCAGUCCAGAAAUGCAGAAAAAGUCUACUAAAUAUUUUUCUGGAGGUGGUAUAUGCGAAUAGCUCCAACACGUGCUUUAUUCGUCGAGCUUGACUUGCUACUUCUUGAUGAGCCUACGAUAACUUUGAUUGUGUUAUAUUGUAAACUCUUCUAUUGGUUGAUUAAAUGAAAAUCCUUUCUUUGUUAUAGAAUCAUCUUGAUCUUCAUGGUGUGUUAUGGCUGGAGUCCUACCUAGUGAAAUGGCCAAAGGCGUUCAUUGUUGUUUCUCAUGCUAGGAAGUUCCUAAAUACGGUAGUUACAGAUAUACUCCAUUUACAUAAUCAAAAACUGAUUGUUUAUAAGGGAGACUAUUAUACCUUUGAAAGAACACGCGAGGAGCAGCUCCGAAAUCAGCAGAAUGCCUUUGAGACAAGUGAAAAGGCUAGAGCCCACAUGGAGUACCAGAACAAAAACUACGAGCACACCUAGGUUCUUUUGGUGUCUCAGGCCAUCUUGCACUUCAACCAAUGUAUACUUUGUCAGGUGGUCAGAAAGUAGAGUUGCAUUCUCAAAAAUCACUUUCAAGAAACCGCAUAUAAUUUUGCUAGAUGAGCCGUCAAAUCAUCUUGACUUGGAUGCAGUUGGGGCACUUAUCCAAGGCCUAGUCAUUUUUCAAGGAGGGGUUCUGAUGGUGAGCCAUGAUGAACACUUGAUAUCAAGCAGUAUUUGCUCAAUGAUCCAAAACUCAUUGCAAUCAUAUAUACUCGAGUUAUUAUUAAAAUCUCUCUGUUCGCCAUGUUUAUUUUUCAAGAUGGACAACAAGAUUAUACAAACUUGUCAUUCUACUUCAAUAAAAAAUGAACUAGAUUUUGUACUAUUAGAUGUUUUGACUAUUUUAUUUUGUAUUGGAUUGUUAUUUUGGAUGCUUAUAGAUCGGAUUGUUUAUUUUGCAAUGUAUUAUAAAAGUUAUUGUUGA